GAUGUUGUUGAAGGCACAUCCAACUGAAACCAAGGACUGUAAUUUGUCGCAUUGGAUAGACAAAAAUAAAUCGACACUAAAUACGCCCAGACAUGCAUCGUUAUACAGAGAAUUACAAUCUUUAUUAAAACAAUCUGUAACAAUAGAUUGCUCAAGUUUACAAAAAUAUACAGAGAUAAUUGAAAUACCAGAAUACCAUAAUAUUUUUGAUGAUUUAUCAUCUAUAGCUGAUGAUUUGGAAAAUGUUGACAUAAAUUCCAAAACAAAGAAACAAAACUACAAGGCAAAGCGAAAGUUGUCUUGCUCUUUAUUUAGUGAUAAAAACAGUACAACUAUAAAGAGCAAUUCUACAAAGAAAAUUGUUAUUAGUUUUAACGAGAUUUGCUCAAGAAAAUUGAACAGUUCAUCAUCAUUGCUAUGUUUCUACGUUCAUUUAAAACUUCAAUUGCCCACUUGCAAAUUCGAUGAUUUAUCUAAUCUACCGCCUAUUGCUAAUUUAUCCUCCUCCGCUGAUCAGUCAGACAAGAAAUUGUUGAAAAUUGAUGAAGAAUACGAUCCUACAGAGAGUUUAGACGAGGAGACUGAUAAUAUAGUGUCUGCUAAAAAUACUACUGUUGAGGACAUAGAGAAAAAACAAGAUAAUGAAACUGAAAAAUCGAGAAACAAAGAUAAUGUAGUAACUAAUUCGCAACCAUUAGACAAGGAAAAAGAAAAAGUGCCACUUUUAACUGCUAAUCAAGAAGAACAAACUGAUGCAAAGAAGAAGGAUGAAAGCAAUCAUUCAGUUCAAGAAAAUUUAAAUUUUAGUAAAUUAAAAGAAAUAGAAAUUCAAUUGUUAAAAUUGGAAAAUAGAUUUUUAUUAUCAAAUGUAGAAAAAAGGAAUGAUUCCUUAUCAUUAGUUCAAGUUGAAAAUCAUAUUCUUCGUUUAGAAAACUUUCUCUUAUCAAUGAAUAAUACGUUAGCUCUCGUACAAGCUGAAAACAAUAGAUUAAAAGAGAAACAAAAUGAUUUUGAUAGAACGAUAACCCAAGUAAAAAUGGAAACUCGUAAAUUAUCUAUACCGGCUCUACCUGAUUCUCAUUCGCGAUUACCCGAACAGGUUGUUAGACAGGAAAAACUAGUGAUCAAUCUUAAAAAGGAAGUAGAUAGACAAAAAUUGAAAGUUUCUUCAUUAGAAGCGAAAAAUUCAGUGUUAAUAAAAGCUAUGAAGAAGCAAACUAAUGCUAUUUCAAAGUUAUUAAAAAAAUUUGAUCAAUUGACAGAGAAAACCAAUUAUUUAGAUGAACAUGUAACAAAACUCUCCUCUGAUACUACACCUCCUCAGGUUCCUGAUGGUAAAGAGGAUGAUAAGAUAAAUACUAAGGAAGACUCUAAAGAUUCUGAUAAUAUAAAGCCUAGUGCCGAAAUUCAAUCGGGAAAGACGUCGAAGGAGAAAGAGCAAAUUGCGCAGCAUCAAGAACCAAUGGCUAAUUCUCCUAGUAAUAAUGUCAAGGAAGAGAAUCGUAGUGAAGGUAAUGAAAAAAAUAAAGAAACGUCCAGUGUUAAAUCUCAACAGCCAGUUGUUCAAGAAAAGGAAAACGAAGAGGGAAUCAUGGAUAAAAAGAAUAUCACAUCUGAUGAAGUACUUGCAAAAGCCAAUGGGGAUUCGAACAAAGCAAAAAGGGAUAUUGAAAACAUUAAUCAAGAACCCGUCAAACCGUCAACAGACUCUAAUAUAGAUAAUGAAAAAACUAGUCGAUCAAAACAAUCUGAGCAGAAGAGAAAAGAUGAAAAGGUUCAAAGAAAUGAUAAAAUCCAAGAUACAAUUUUAUAUCGCAGUAAUUCUGGUGCAGACAAAGAUUGCUGGGAUUAUUAUAAGAAAGGAAGAAGACGAGACACAGCAUUGAAUAUACAACUAUCGGCGGAUAAUUCUGUAAUAUCCGUCAGCUGUGAUAUGACGAAUGGAGGAUGGACUAUUAUACAAAAGCGACACGAAGGAAGUACUAACUUUUUCCGUGAUUGGUCAGAGUAUAAAAAGGGAUUUGGACAACAGUUCAGUGACCACUGGAUUGGAUUGGAUAAUAUUCAUAAAUUAACAAAUCAAGAUAGAUAUUCUUUAAGAAUUGAUAUGAUGAAUUGGGAAAGGGAAACGGCAACGGUUGAAUAUGAAUAUUUUAGUGUUGAUAACGAAGCAAAUGGGUAUAAAUUAAAUAUCUCUGGUUUCAGCGGUUCUGAAGCUGGCGAUAGUUUAUCAAAACAUAAUGGUUGGAAAUUUUCAACUAAAGACGUCGAUAAUGAUGGCGCAAAGAAAGAACUAGGAGGAAGUUGCGCAAAACGAUUUAAUGGUGCCUGGUGGUAUCACAAAUGCUACAGUUCUAAUUUGAAUGGUCUCUACUAUAGAGGAGGAAAAGUUGACGAUGGUGCUUUCGAUGGAGUUAGUUGGAAAAGUUGGACUGGUAGUAAAAAAUCGCUUAAGCAAGUUUCAAUGAAAAUUAGGCCCAGAAGAACAAAAUUAGAUGAUUAG